AUGUCUGAUACUGUUCCAUCAAGAGCCAAUUCACCCCGACCGCUGGCUUGCGUUACAUGUCGUAUUCGCAAAGUCAAGUGUGACAAGAAAAUCCCGUGUUCUAAUUGCGUCAAGGCAAACGUAAAAUGCGCUUCAAAUACCCCAAAACAGCGGAAGGGAAUACGGCACCAUGAAGAUCUACGGCAGCGAUUGGCACGCUGUGAGGAUGCACUCACCAAGAUUUCCGCUCAAACACUCUUGCCUACUGAAAAACCCAACGCCCCAGAGGCCGGGACAACCAGAACCAAACACUAUGGCCAGCUGGUCGAUUCAUCGGGCAGUCCGCAUCUAGUCGAGAAUGAAUUGUGGGCGACUGUACACAAUGAGCUGCAUGCUAUCCAUGGCAUUCUAGAUAAUGCUGAACUCGUCGACGACUCCAGCCGUGAGUCCUCAUCCACAACGUCGAGCCUCGAGACUGGAAUUGUCUUUCAGCAAGCCGCCCCGGGGGACCUGAUAGGCUGUUAUCCCCAAUCAGUGCAUAUCUUUUACCUGUGGCAAGUCUUCUUGGACAGAAUCCAUCCCUUGACUAGAAUUUUGCAUUCUCCCACGAUGCAGCCCAUCAUGAUGAAGGCAUCGGCUGGUGUAAAACAGAUCUCGGCAAGCCACGUGUCUUUAUUAUUUGCAAUAUGUCUCACAGCAACUGUCGCCCUCAAAGACGCAGAGUGUACCUGCUUUCUCGGAGUAACAAAGCAGGAAGCAAUUCAUCAGUAUACCAAAGGUCUGCGGGCCGCUUUCAAUCAAAUCGACUUGUCAAGCAACCAUGACUUGGUUGUGCUACAGGCUUUAGUCCUCUACAUGAUCGCCAUCACUGGUCGGUUUGAUUCUCAUGGGGCUUGGAUAGUAUUCGGGUUUGUUAUCCGGAUCGCACAGAAGAUGGGCCUUCAUCGAGAUGGAGAUCACUUGGACCUCCCGCCUUUUGAAGCCGAGAUGAGGAGGCGAAUUUGGUGGCAAAUCGUACUCCUCGACACAGUCAGCGCACUGAGCUCUGGCAUGAGCUCUUCGCUUCUCCUUCGAGAAUGGGAUACAAAGAAACCGUCAAACAUAAGCGAUUCCGAGCUUGUCCCGUCAAUGAAGGAACUUCGGCCAGAAAAUGGACCGACGGACAUGAUAUUCUUGCUUAUGUAUUAUGAAAUUGGGAAAACUCUGAUUGAACAGCCAACACUUCAAUCUCCGUUGAACUGGAUGAAGAAUGACACCUUGUCUUCCUCCAUACAAGACAACACCCAGAAGCCACAGUCUACUGUAACACAACUAGACGCGAAACUUCAGGACAUUUUUAACCAGUACGGCAACCCCGCCAUGGGAGCUGUUCACGAACUCGCAAGCGAAAUGAGGCAUACACUAUGGUCGCGAGUACAAGAGCUUACUCAGCUAGCAAAUGGUUCAACAGACAAGGCUUCUACCAAGCAUUCGUCGCCCAUGGAUAUAAUUUUCAACAUCGCCAUUGUCAUGGGAGAACACGACAUACGAUUGUACCAGGCGACGGAGAAAAGCGGAUGUUUCUCUUGGUUUGCACUUUCACGAUUUCAGUCUGGUAUGUUCUCUUUCAUGGUGGGCCAACUUGCUACGCACAAACCGGAUGAAUCGACAAAGAGAGCAUGGGAGGUGGUCAACUUUACCUAUACCCAUCAUACGGAGCUGUUCGAACCUGCAGUCAAACUGCAUCUAGGAUUGGCCGCGCAGGUUCUCAAAGCAUGGGAUGCGCAUGGAAACAGUGUACAGAAUGCGCCAGCGAGUCUUUUUGACGAGCCCGACUACAUCGUCAGAUUACGAGAGAUGUUGGAACCUCGAGCGCCUACUUGGAAUACGACAGUCGAUGACAGCCUUGAUCAGAUAAACAUCGAGGCUGACUCGAGUGGCGGCGGUGCGUUUAUGAAUCAAGGCCUCGAUCCAUUCGCGUCAUGGCCAGGAAAUGCGCAAAUGUGGCAGAUGCCUAUGCAGAAUCCCCAGCCGGGCGAAGAUUUCAACUUUGAUCCUAGCUUUGUACUUCGUUCUUCUUGA